ACUUAGAGUCAAUUCAUUGGAAAUGCACGUCUCCGGACUGUGGGAGGAAACCGGAUAGCUCCAAUGCGUUGCUCUCAAAGUUCCAGAUCUCAAACUUUUUUUUUUUAACUCUCCGAAAAGAGAACCUAAUAUGACCCUGGACAAUUCUUCUAACUCCCCCUUGACAUAACUUCAUAUGGCGGUUGAACUAGGACGAAUAAAUCGAAAGCCCAACCACUCACGCCGGGGACGCGGGUCUGAAGACGGGGACGCGCCUCUUCGGACAGAUUCCUCUCGCAAAGCGAACGGACGCUCCACAAACCAGCAGUAACGACGAGCACCUUUCAACGCAGGACCGACCGGAUCCGGCCGUUUGAGCGCGGCUCUCGGUGGAAGUGCAAGGGCCGAGGCCGUUGCGUGCUCCCGAUCCCGCGAUCCCGAGGGAGGAACAGCCACUUCGCGACUCCGUUCGGCUCCUGUUCACACGCGCUUUCCGCAGCGGGUAACUGAACCCGAAAGGCGCGAUCGACCCGCUUAUAUGGCCUUUUUUCCAUAAAUAAACUGGGAGAUGAAAAGCUGCGUGUUUUUCCCCCACUGCGGGUGACUUUCGGUUGGUUUUUAAACACGACGCGAACAUCCAGCGUCCAACAGCUGGCCGCGCGACAGCACCGCGCGCCAGCGUGCAGGACGGGAAAUAAAGCAUCAGCUGUUCGCUACAGCGACUGUCACAUCCCGCGAGGACAGUGAGUGACUUUUUUCUGCCAGUGAGCCGCUGCCCGGGAUGUGGACGCCGGAGACUGACGCGAGUUCCACGGCGACGCGGGGAGGCGGCGCGUGCGCGACGAGCUGCGCCCGAGACCGUUCGUUCGCCGCGUGAAAGAAGCGCGCGAGCUGCUCGUCAUGGCCGCCUCGGCGCGCGUCUUUCGCGGCACUGCGAUGUAGCGCCACCGAUUCGCCACAGCUCGGACGCACAGUGACACUGUGACAGUGUGGAAAUAAGAAUGGCAGACCAGAGGAACAUCCAGUGUGCGGCUUCCAAAAGCAUCCGGCCCUUCAGGUCCAGCGAGGAGUACCUGUACGCCAUGAAGGAGGACCUGGCCGAGUGGCUCAACACGCUCUACAACCUGGAGCUCUCCGCCGAAACGUUCAUGGAGGGGCUCGAGACCGGCUGCGUGCUCUGCCAGCACGCCAACAACGUGACGCGCGCCGCGCGCGACUUCCAGCUCCAGCAUCCGCGCGCCGCGCAGUUCCUGCGGCUGCCAGCCAAGGAGGUGCUCUUCCAGGCGCGCGGCGUCACCCCCGGCUCCUUCGUGGCGCGCGACAACGUGUCCAACUUCAUCGCCUGGUGCCGCCAGGAGCUGCGCGUCAAGGACGUGCUCAUGUUCGAGACCAACGACCUGGUGCAGCGGCGCAACGAGAAGAACUUCGUGCUGUGCCUGCUCGAGGUGGCGCGCCGCGGCGCCAAGUUCGGCAUGCUCGCGCCCAUGCUCGUGCAGCUGGAGGAGGAGAUCGAGGAGGAGAUCCGCGACCAGGAGAACGUGGGCGAGUCCAGCGCCCCGGGCGGGGGGCUCGAGCCGGGCAGCCGCGGCGCGAGGGAGCCCGUCGCGAGCCCGUACCCGUCGUGGCAGCAGAAGAGGGUCCUGUGCGACAUGCGCAACCUGGACGAGCUGGUGCGGGAGAUACUGGGAAGAUGUUCCUGUCCCUCCCAAUUUCCCAUGACGAAGGUCUCCGAGGGGAAGUACAAAGUUGGAGAUUCCAGCGCCUUGAUCUUCAUCAGGGUUCUGCGUGCACAUGUCAUGGUGCGAGUGGGUGGUGGCUGGGACACGCUGGAGCACUACCUGGACAAGCACGACCCCUGUCGCUGUGCAGCUUUUGCUCACCGAUACCAGCAAUCCAAAGGGGGCGGCCAGGGCUCCCACAGCAAGUCCUCCAGCGCUCACUCGUCCCGCUCCACCAGUCCCGGCCCGCAGUGGCGCGCCGAAGGCACCGCCCCUUUCAAGACCCCAGACCGGCGCACCCUGGAUCCGCCUGCGCUGCUCUCAGCAGUUUCGUCCUCGUCCCGUAUCGGCCGCACCCAUCGGCCCUCGCUCCCCACAGAACUGGACAGCAGCUCGGGUCCAACAACUAGCUUACUGCCCCGCCCACCUCGGGACCGCUCAGAGCCACGCCUCCUCACUAAUCUCAGGAACAGGGACCUGUUUAUCCCAGCGACACGCCGGUUUUCAGGGGACAGCGACUCCUCAACAGCCUCCUCUAGAGGUGCUGGUCGGGGAGGGCCGGCCCGCAACUCUACGGGGGGCUCCCGCCGCCCCGGAGAGGAGAUUGUGCUGGUGGUGAACCGCCGAGAGGGAAAGCACAUCGUCGAGAUGCCCGCAGGAGGAGGGCAGGUUCCAGACACGCGGCCCCCCCAGAUCCGAGCCCGCAGCCAAUCCCGGGAGAGACCCACGGACAAGGUCCUGAAGCCCACCCCACCCCAGGGUAUCCCUGGGGAGUCCAAAACUGCCAGGCCAGAGAGGGGCCGCUCACUAGGUCUUGAGGGUCCUCGCAGGCUGCAAGCCCCCCGAUCGCUUAGCCAGGGCAAAGUGGCCUCACAAAGCAGGGCCAGUGAGUCCAGUCCAGGACCCCGACCCCCUCUCAGGGACCCGCAGACACUCCAUGCUGACAGGCGAGAGGACGCCCGGACCAAGCAAGUACCGCCAGCUUCUCCCAAACAAAGCGGCGGGGGGUUAGCACGGAAGCAGCCGGUCCCCCACCCCAACUCCCCAGCUAAAGGGGGCCUUGGCAGCCCUGGUAAAAAAGGAAUAGCCACCCCCAGGUCAGCAGCACCGCGCUCCCCAUCAGUAGGCAGGAGCCGGCUGCUGCCCCCAGUCUCCCACUCCCAGCAGGGCCGAUGUUCUCCCCAUUCCUCCCCACGCUCCUCCCCCCGCCCGUCAGUUGUGCACAGCCCCCGAUCUCCCCGGGCUUCCCGCACCCCCCGGCCUGCUGGGCUCAGUCGAAUGGCUCGGGGCUUCGAGUGGGCAGUGCCUGCAGGUGAGGAGCGGGAACUGCAUUUCCAGCUGCUGCCGAGCCUGGACCCUCAGAAGGAGCAGGAUUUGAUCCGUAGCUUUGAAGUCGAGUUCCUGGCCAACACGCAGAUGGCUGGCGCCAACUCCUUAAAGGAGACCAGAACCAAGGACCCCGGGGCCCUGCGACUGCCUGUCUGUCAGCACAACCAGGAGCAGGAACAGAGCUUUGGGAGCCUCCUACCAUCACAGCCAGGUGACCCUAAUGUGACGGACUCCGCCUAUUCCUCCUCCAACUCCUCCACUUCUUCCCUCAGUGUCAGCGGCAAGGUGGGCGUGCUGCCGGAGCUCCGCGAGAGCAGGAGAGGCGGUCCGCGUCCAUGUCUCCUGGAGGACGGACCAACCUUGCGGGACGCCCAGAUGCUCUGUAACUCCUACAGUGACAAGCAGGGGUUAGGUGAACAGUGGGAGGGUCACGGGACUUGCCACAGGAAGCUGCCGGCCAUCGGCUGCUUUGCAGAGGACACUGGGCUGCUCCUGUCUGGCAGGGAAGAGCAUGUGAUGCUGUCACAGGACCCUGCCCUUAAAGGGCUGGCCUGUUGCUCAGCUGACUUCAGCAGCAGCCAUGAGAAGGGACUAGACCGACAGCAGGUGGCACCACCCACUGAAGCACUGAUGGACAGAAGUCUGGAGCAGCUGGAGUGGCCUAGAGUGGCGGUGACGGAAGAGGAGGAAGAGGAGGAGCAGCCAGACCACCAGCUGGGCUUUCGCUACCACCUGGAGGAGAUCUGCCGCCCUGGCAGUGUCCACUCAGACGAUGGCUUUCCGCCUGCUGACCUCUGCCCCUCGCCGUUGCCUCUCCCUCCCUCAGAGGACGGCUCCUUGAAAGACUCGUCCAGCGAGAGCUCGUCCAUGUGCGUCAGUCUCAGCGAGGUGCGUUCCGAGGACUCCUGCUCGCCGCCCCCGUCUGCUGACGGCGACACAGCCGUCGUCCUGCACUCCAAGAAGAGCUUGAAGAAGCCGGACCGCGUGCCUUCCAUCUACAAGUUGAAGCUGCGGCCCCGGAUACGGCCACGCACCGACAACCGGCCCGAGAACGGUCCGUCGCGGAUUCCCACACCAGUCAGCUACCGGGAGCAGCCGCGCACCAGUCUCUCACCCCGGAACAGCCCGACCCGCUGUCCUCAGAGUCCCCAGAGUCCCCAGAGCAAUGGCUACGGCAGGCCACAGAAGGCCCUGCUGCAGCGCACCUUGGCUGAUUUGAUCGAUCCGCGGAAUCGCUGCUCUCCCACGGGGCGGAGGGACUGUUCCUCGUCCCUGGAGUCGGGAAGCCUGGAUGAUGACUCUUGGAUGUAGCGGGGGUGUGCAGCAGUGAGGUGAUGCUUGACAUCGCAAAGGCGCUCAGUGACCUGUCACUGAAGUGCAGCUUGAGAGCAAGCAGCUGCUGGGCUACAGAGAGCAGCAGGCGCUCAGAUGGGCAGAAAAUGGGCCCGAGAGGAAGUGUUCAGCAGUCAGUGGGGUGUUGCUGUGGAAACCAGAGAAUGCCUGGGAAAACUGGACAACAGGGACACAGGGUGGUUUCAAGUGAGCUCACGAAGGCUUCCUUUUAACCCCCCCGUUGGUCGCAGUCAGACCCCUGGCACACCAUUCCAUCUCCUUUAUUUAUUUAUUUUGUCCUUCCUGUCAGAUCUUUGCACACCAAGUCCUACUCACAAUGCUCAUGUGCUGGAAAGCCUCCAUCAGUCCUUCCUACGGUCCUUCAUCGGUCGAAACGUGUAGUUCUGGGUGGUAACGGGACACUGAUGUUGACUUCGCAUCCAUAUACCACCGCAGCCUGCAUGGAAUUCGACUCCUCUGCUUCUCCCUGUACUCCUCUCUGGCCCUCAUGUGGUAGUGGCUUCGGCAAUCCCGGCCCUUUCCUUUGGCUGAGCAGUUUCCACGGAAACGUGACGACAGGGUAUCAGCUGCCAUACAUUAUGGUUCGAGGAGGACCGCAGUGACAGUCUGCAUCGUGGCGCAACACGCUUCAUCUCUGUUCCUCUGCGCUGUGUGACACUACGUCUGCUGUGUCUUUGACACCCAGUUGCCUGGAAACGGAAACGAGUUAACACUACACGUUCUCUGUGCAAUGCUACUUGGGUCUGGUCCCCAGCCACCACCCCCCCCCCUCCCCCACCUUAUGCUCUGAUUGGUCCCCCGGGGAUCACAUGACCUGUGUGUGUUGUAUAUUGUGGCAGACCCCUUGGCUGUGUGCAGGAAAACUUGUUUUACCUUAUUUGUGUGUGUAAGAAAUACACCGGUAUUUUAGUAAACAGUGUCACUGCAGAAUUUGUUUUACAGCUUUUAACUGCUGUGUUGUGAAUGAUUUUGUAAUCGCAAGCAGGUGAAAGGAAAACAGAUUUGUGAAGAAGGGUGAGAAAAUUUAAUUCUUUAUCCUUGUGCUCAGACUCUGAUAGGUUGUUACAGUGGUGUCAUUGUCACCGGAACGCCACAUGUUAGAACACAGGUGUCAUACCGAGUGUGUGUGUCUGUAUUUAAUCUGUGUACAUAAUGUGAAUAUACUGUAAAAUUCAUAUUUUUCAACAUGUUAAUGCUGCCUUGGCUAUGCAAUACUGCUGUGGGAAAUGUUGCCUUGAUUUUUUUUUUUUUUUAAAAAACCUUCGCCUUAAAGUGUGUGUGUGUGUGUGUGUGUGUGU